GAAGUCAGAGUAGCCUUAUUGUUGGACGAAAGAGGAUACUCACCUGUUGACGAGCAGCGGUCUGAUUUCAAUACAGUUUUAAUCAACUCGGUUUCCGAUCUGAGAUUGUCCGAGUCUGAGCCUUCACCAUGACGGACACGCUUUUACCAAACGGCGUCAAAGACAGCGGAGGAGACAGCAAUUAUUUUACAAAGGGCUGUAACCCGUUCGCCCAGACUGGACGAAGCAAGCUGCAGAAUCAGCGAGCCAGUCUGAACCAGCAGAUCAUCAAGCAGAUGAGGAUGAGGGCUGGAGCUGAGAACCUGCUGAGGGCCACAUCUAACAACAAGGUUAAAGAGAUGGUCCUGUUGGAAUUGAGCUAUGUCAACUCCAACCUGCAGCUGCUGAUGGGAGAGCUGGAAGGACUGAACAGCUCAGUGGAGGUCUACCAGAACACCCAGGAAACAGCCAACAUCCCCUUAAUUGCUCUGGGUCUGAAGGAGACAAAAGAAGUUGACUUCUCCACUCUAUUCAAGGACUUCAUCUUGGAGCACUACAGUGAAGAUGGGAACAGUUAUGAAGAUGAGAUUGCUGAUCUCAUGGACCUGCGACAGGCUUGCAGAACGCCAAGUCGAAACGAGGCUGGGGUGGACCUGCUGGCAAAAUACUUCAGCCAUCUUCCCCUGAUGGAGGGCCGGUUCUUCUCCCCAAACCGCCAGACGGGUAUCUUCUUCACCUGGUACGACUCCUUCACAGGAGUGCCGGUAUGCCAACAGAACCUGUCACUGGAGAAGGCCAGCAUCCUCUUCAACAUGGCUGCCCUCUACUCUCAGAUCGGUACCCGUAGUGACCGACAGACAGUAGUUGGUUUAGAGAAGGCCACCUCUUCCUUCCAGAAAGCUGCAGGCCUCCUGAACCACCUGAAGGAGACAUUCACCCACACUCCCAGCUACGAUAUGAGUCCAGCCAUGCUCAGUAUGUUGAUUCGGAUGAUGCUUGCUCAGGCUCAGGAGUGUCUGUUUGAGAAGACUGCACUGCCCGGGAUCCGAAACCAGUUCUAUUCCCUGAUGAAAAUGGCCCAGGAGGCUGCAAAGGUGGCAGAAAUCUACGACCAAGUCCACCAGUCCAUGAUCCAGACACCAAUCAAAGACAAUGUCCCAUUCUUCUGGUCCACAAUGUCACAAGUCAAAACCAACCACUACCGCUCCAUGGCACAUUACUUUGUUGCCUCAGCGCUCUUAGACCACCAAUUGGAUUCCAGUGACGAUGAGGACCAGCAGGAGAAGACCUUGUCGCAGGUCUACGAUCGCCUUCCUGAGGGAGACUCUCCUCUAGACAUCCUGAAAAGUAAAGAUGAACGUGAACGCAUUGGUAAAGCACACAUUCGUCGGGCUAUCCUGGGUCAUGAGGAGGCUCUGAGGAUCUAUGCUCUAUGCCACCACUUGAACAAGCUAGACGCCCUGCAGGACAUUUUAAAAGCCAGUCACCAGCGCUCACUCAACAAGUACAGUGAACAUGAAAAUGAAGAAGAGUUUACUGACUACACAGAGGCCCCAGAUAUCAUCUCUAAAACAGAGCACAAAGCAGAGAUGGAGUUCCCUGCAACCACAAAGGGCCCUCUGUCAGUCUUUUCAGCCAAGCAGCGGUGGACAGCCCCACAGACAAUACAACUUCACCCAGAAGACAGAGACCUGGGCUUCACACUGAAAGGAGAAACACCAGUCCAGGUGGUUUCGUUGGAUCCCCUCUGCCCAGCUGCUGCUAAGGGUCUGAAAGAGGGUGACUACAUUGUUGCAGUGGGCGACACAGACUGCAAAUGGAUGGGCGUGAGUGAGGUGAUGCGGCUGCUGAAGGACGUAAACGAGGAGGGGAUCGACAUUCAGGUGGUCAGCAUGAUGGACAGUAACCCUCCAAUGCCUACCAAGAGCGCUACCUUCUGUGGAAACCUGCCUAAGACCUAUUCCAUGAUUUGUUUGGCCUAUGAUGACGACAACAAGAACCCCAAGUCCCGCAAAGUAACCAAGAAGUCAUCUUUCAUCAGCUGGGGUCUGAAGAACAAGCUGAAGAGCGCCAGCACCCUCAGCCUUCCCACAGCUGACCACUCCGGCGCCCUUCCCUGGAACAAACCCUGUCCCACCUUCCCCAGCUCUUACAACGACAGCGCACUCUACUAAGCAUCGUGCAGUACGCAGAUUAAGCCUGGUACGGCUCUAUACAGUACUGUGUUGUACCCAUACUGGACGUGCUAUGGUACAGUACCAGUGCCCUUUGUUGUUUCCACUGGAAUACUUAGCAGUAGUGUAUUUAGCUUGGAUGUCACCUAUGUAAUGAUGACAUUUCUUCCAGCUACCUUGGAAAGAGGACGUGCCAUAUACUGUUGCCUUUGUUGGUACUGUACAUGGGCACCUUCCCAGCACUGUGCAGUAUCUAAAGUAAACUGGACUGCUCACAAACAAUGGGAAAUCAUUCUGUACCAUGCCAGUAUGCGUACAGCACAGUACAACGGCACUGUAGUGGGGGGGAAAAACAGCUAUCAUUCCAGUCUAUAUACAUAUACACACACACACACACACACACACACACACACACACACACACACACACACACACACACACACACACACACACACACACACACACACACACACACACACACACACACACACACACACACACACACACCUGACAAAUUUCAUCUCAGUAUGUUUUCUUGAAGAAAUGCUCCAGACGAAUUGAAGGACGAAAACAAAGUUGUACAAACACACCCAGCGUCGGUUGGUAUUUGAAAGCAAGGGCGUAAUUUUAUUGUGGUUUAAACGGUCCCAUGUUAGUUCCAUUGUAUACUGAUGUAGCUGUACACUGUGCAGUUAUGUUCUCUGUAUAUCCUCAGUGCAUGUCUGUUUCAUACUGUAUAUGUGAAGGAUCCUGCCAUUGCCAGGAUAUUUGUUGCAGUGAAUCGAUACUGUUCAGUUUUGGGGUUUGAAAUACAUAUAUGUUCUAAAUAGAUAUGUAGAUGUUCUGAACCUUGUUGCACUGUGUUAAACAGUAAUUGGGCCAAAACAAACUGUGCUGUGCAGUUGUUUGUCUGGGGAGAGUUGAUGAAUGCAACGUUCUAUAAGCUGCUAAAAAAACACACACACACACACACACACACACACACACACACAUGGUUAUGUAUUAUUGUCACUUUUGUAUUUGUGAGACAGCCUUUGUGGAUUAUUGUUUCUGCUUAGUGUCAUGCCUGGGACACAUUGUAAAUGGAAAUAUUGGUAUUUUAGGAUUGCUUAAUGUACCAGUUAUGCCACAGACCAAAAUGCCUCCAUGUCCCUGAUAUGCCAGGAUGUACCAUUUACCAUCCUACUCCUCUUACCCUGCAGUUUGUCCAUUUGUAAGAAGAGCAUUAGCUCUGUGUCUCUCUGUUAAUGUGAAUCUUUAUGUUGUUUAACAUUAUAUUGUCUCCAGAAGGGAAGAAUGUGGACAGACUGAUGACAUUCCUGCGUUUUAACUGAAUAGCCGGUCACCCAACAGUGACUACGAUCAAAGUCCACAGUCAGGUUUCUAUUUGUCUCCACUUGUCUUAAUCCUAGUCAUGUCCCACAUUUUACUGACACUUUGCAGUGUUGGACUAUGUCUUUAUCUACAAAGUAGAUUCCUAUACACAUUUGAUGAUUAAAUUAUUUAUGGAAUAAAAUGCACACAAAUAUAUAUAUAUAUUUACCUGUAAAGUUGUAGGUUUCAGUACUAGUUUGUGAAUGGUCAAGUGAAUUUUUGCACGUUGGAUUUCUUGGUUGGUUUCUUGAAGGAAUGUAUUUUACUAGCCUUGCUUAAUCCUUUGGUGAACUUAUAUACUGGUACAUUUUUUUCUAUAAAAAGACAUUUUAAUGUAUGUGUUUUUCAACAGUAACACUGAGAAUAUGUAACACUCUUUACUGUCUGUUUACCUAAUGUGGUGUCUUAAGUGCCAUUUAUGCUAAAUCAUGAAAGUGUCACAAAUAUAUAAAAAUGUGCAGUAAUUGAUAUUAAUAAGUGCUAACUAAGUGUGCUAAAAGAGGCAUGUAUACCUACACAGAUGAUGCAUUUCACAGUGCAUAGUGAUUUUAAAUGCCUUCUAAAUAUAUGCGGAGGGUUAUGGUACCUGUUCUAGAGGUUUCAGGUUGCCUUUGGUUCUUUCUACGUACUUUGUGCUGCAUAGCAACUGUGGUAUGAAUGCUUCGGUUGUAAGUCUUUGUGUCAUAUGUGUAAACUAAAAUCUCAAUAAAAGAGGGGGACCAAACUAA